CUGGCAUCAGGAGGUGAUGUGGCCUGGGGCCGCCAUAGUGAUGAGAAAGGGUUGUUCAGGGGCUCUGGCUGGGACCAGAGAAGAAGGCAGUUUGCAGCCUACCUGAGCCGUUGCCUGAGAAAGGACCAAAUCAGAGGGCCCUGUAGAUGACGGGGAGAGCGGGGGUGGGGGCAGGCUGGGUCAGGGCGGAGGGAUGGCGAGCCAUAGCAGGUGUGUGAGCACAGCAGUACCCUCUGGUGUGGAUAGGGUGGGCUGAACCCAGCAUUGGGAUUCCUUGGCCCCCUGUGGCACCAAAGGCUACAGGAGUGGGGCUGGGGGGUGGGGGAAACCAGCUGUGACUGUCUCUCUCUGAUGAAAACAGCAGCAGGUAACGGUAAUAUUUUAUUACCUGUUCUUCCCACACUGGGGCAGGGGCAUCCCCUGUGCCACUAGUGGGGAUGGGGAAAAGGCCUGACAGGAGCGGCGGUGGUGCAGGUGGAACUGGAGCCAGGGGCCAUGGAGAACAUAACGCUUAUCCUGCCGGCCAAGGACAAGAGGAGGUGCAUUUAGUAAUAGGACCGUGGGCAGGGGUCCUGGGCCUGCAGCUGUGGGGCCUGGCCUCCCUGCCCGUCCACGGCCUUGGCCCAAGUUCUAAGGCCACCCAGGAAUCUGAGGGACGCGGGAGGGGAAGUCAUGGAGCCCUGUGGGGCAGCGUGUACCCUGCUCCCAGCAUAGCCUGGCCACGCUGUUCUCCCAGGGUAACAUCUCUGUCCCAGCAUCCCAGGGCCAACACCAACCUCCUGCAGCUCACGGUCCUGCCUCCCCCGGCCCUCCAACAUCAGCCCUAAGCCAACUGCCCAGCAAUACUCUGGCCGUCACCCCCGCAGCCUGCAGAGGCCACAGUCGGUCCCCUGACCUUCCUGAGCCAUGGAUGCCAUCAGUCUAGUGCCCCGGGUAUCCAGGAGAGCCUUCCCACCCGCAUGGCCUGGGCACCCUGACAGAGAGGGGCUCAGGGCUGUUAAGCCCUCUUCCGCCACCUGCCAGGGGCCCCAAUUGUCCUUUUUCAACGGGCACCCCUGUUCCUGCAGCCCCCUCCUGUACCAAGCUCCGCCUGGGCUCUGCAACACAGCAGUGACUCAGAGAGCCUCAUCCCUGCCUUCAGGGAGCCCACACUUCGCUGGGGAAUGACAGUGCAUCUCACCACUGACUUCAGCACACCCAGGCCUGACUGUAGGGGCCAAACCCUCUCCUUAGGCCUUGUCAACUGCUGAGAGUGGAAGCAGCCUAGCCUCUACGCCGAUUCCCUCCAGCUGCCCUGUGCCAGCUCCCAUCCUCCGGCACCCCCUACAGGUGGCCCUGUGAACACAGGCUCCCCGGGGCUGGGUCUUGGGACCUUCCUGAUGUCUCUCAACUACACAGGUUCCUGAAUCACGUGUCGCCUCGAGGCACAAGCUCCCCGAUUCUCUGAUCCUCUGAUACCUACAGGAUGUCCAACAGUUCCAUUCCCAGAGAUGGUAUGGGACUCCACAAGUUAUGGGGGUCAGUCCCACGGGGCUGCACCCAUGUCAGAUGCCACCUAUACUUCUGGCAAGCAGGCUAAUAAAUUGCGAGUUCCCACGACCCCCACUUCAGGUUUGGUAAUUUGCUGGAACAGCUCACAGAACUCCGGAAAAUGCUCACAGCCAAAUGGAGGAGGCGCAAAGGGCAAGGGGAGAAGGGCUCCAGUUUCUCUGACCUGCCUUGGAGAAGAGGAAUUCUGGUUUCUAUGGUUUCCAGGGGAGAAAGGGGCUAGAGGCAGGAGGGCAGGAUAAGGUCGGAGAGACUGCAUGCUGAGCUUUCCAAUGCCCUGCUCAAAGCGCUAGGCAGGCCAAGGCCCCAUACUUGAGGGCGGGGUGAGUUUCUGUGUUCUGAGCCCCAACCGUCUCAUUUGCAUAUAUGUGAUUGAUUAAAUCAUUGGCCGCUGGUGAUUGAGCUCAAUGUCUAACCAAGAACCAGGAACAAACACCAAAUACUCUUUCACACUCCCUAUCCCCAGCCCUCAGGGUCUGCCCAAGACCCCAAACUGCCUCCCACGUAGCCAAUUUUUCAUCUGCCCUGUCCGGGUGGCUUAGGUGGCUUGGCCUGUAGUUUUCUUUCAGCGAACUCCUCUUCAUGUCUCAAAACCCUUGCUAGCAGCCCCCUCAUCUGGGGAGCCUGUCUUGCAGGGGCCCUGCCUGUGAGUUCCCACCCACUGGGGACGGGGGUGUCCCAGUCCACUUCCAACUCCCUCAGACUGGGGCCCCUUUGAGGGUGAGGCUUGGACCCAGAGUCUUAAGCCCUCAUCCUCCAAGGUCAGGCCCUGUCUCUUGCAAACGUUCCCAACUAUCCACCUUUUGGGCCAGCUCCAGUGGUGGAAACUUUCCGGCCUCCAGGCGCUUGUUUUGGAAAGUUCCUGGGGGAGCUGCCCCGGCCUGCCCGCUGGGUUCCCACGCUCCCUUAUCAGCGCGCAUGAGGGGGGCGCCCUGCAGUGCAGGCCUCAUUCCUCCCCUGCCUCGGCCCUGCCCGCCUGUGCAUCCCCUCCCCUUUCCAGCGAACAGCCUCCCCAUUCGGCCCACUCCUGCCAAGCCCUCCUGCUGCAGGUGGGGAAACAGGCCAAACAGGCCCCAUCCUUGUGAGUCCCGUGGGGACAGUGACUUUGUCCCCCGAGAUGGAUGGGAGCGGACAUGCGGAGCCAGGGGUUGGGACUGCCUGGUAGGUGCUGCUGCCCACGAAGGGGGAGUAGGUGGCAGCGUGGCUCCGAGGAGAUUCUGGCUUUGGAGUUCUGGUCCUCUGCCUGUUUCCCCUGCAGUGUCUCUGACCCAGACCUCCUACCCCCCGGAGGCCCAGCUUCCCUGCCCAGCUCCACCCCCUGGCAGCCUCAUUGUCCUCUUGUAAAGGGGGAAUAGGCAGCCAUGAGCCCCUGGGGGCUGCGGAGCGAGCGAGGUGAACCUAUACGCGCCGCGCUCGUGGACGCCUGGCCACUUCCGCCAGACGGGGACCCGAUGGCCACGGUGGCUCUGGGUUGUCGGGCCUCGAACCGGGGUCUCCAGACGUUGGGCCCCUCCCCCCCAGCGCGGGAGAGGCGGGGAAGGGGGCGGGGCGGGGGAGGGGCCGCAGCGCUUUUCUCCGGAGGUCGCGCGCUCGAGAGCCCGCGCUGUCCACCGCCGCUGCCUGAGUCGACUCUGCGCCGGUGAGUGCGGUUCGGGGCGGGGACGGCCUCCGUGGGGACCCAGGCUGGCUUGGCCCGGCCGCUUAGAGUCCCCGCUGACCCCCUGCUCACCCCGGGCCCCCAGCCCGCCGCGAUGGAGGCCGCCGCCCAGUUCUUCGUCGAGAGCCCGGACGUGGUCUACGGCCCCGAGGCCAUCGAGGCGCAAUACGAGUACCGGACGACGCGCGUCAGCCGCGAGGGUGGCGUUCUCAAGGUGCACCCCACGUCCACGCGCUUCACCUUCCGGACCGCCCGGCAGGUGCCCCGGCUCGGGGUCAUGCUUGUCGGCUGGGGCGGGAACAACGGCUCCACACUCACCGCCGCGGUGCUGGCCAACCGACUGCGUCUGUCCUGGCCCACGCGCAGCGGCCGCAAGGAGGCCAACUACUACGGCUCGCUGACUCAGGCGGGCACCGUGAGCCUGGGCCUGGACGCCGAGGGCCAGGAGGUGUUCGUCCCCUUCAGCGCGCUGCUGCCCAUGGUGGCGCCCAACGACCUCGUGUUCGAUGGCUGGGACAUCUCGUCGCUGAACCUGGCCGAGGCGAUGCGGCGCGCGAAGGUGCUGGAUUGGGGGCUGCAGGAGCAACUGUGGCCGCACAUGGAGGCCCUGCGGCCCCGGCCUUCUGUUUACAUCCCCGAAUUCAUCGCGGCCAACCAGAGCGCGCGCGCGGACAACCUCAUCCCAGGCUCGCGUGCGCAGCAGCUGGAGCAGAUCCGCAGGGACAUCCGAGACUUCCGGUCUAGCGCGGGGCUGGACAAAGUCAUCGUGCUGUGGACGGCGAACACGGAGCGCUUCUGUGAGGUGAUUCCAGGCCUCAACGACACAGCCGAGAACCUGCUGCGCACCAUUGAGCUUGGUCUGGAGGUGUCGCCCUCCACGCUCUUCGCUGUGGCCAGCAUCCUGGAGGGCUGUGCCUUCCUCAAUGGGUCCCCGCAGAACACCCUGGUGCCUGGAGCCCUUGAGCUCGCGUGGCAGCGCCGGGUUUUUGUGGGCGGAGAUGACUUCAAGUCAGGCCAGACCAAAGUCAAGUCCGUGCUCGUGGACUUCCUCAUUGGCUCCGGCCUCAAGACCAUGUCCAUCGUGAGUUACAACCACCUGGGCAACAACGAUGGGGAGAACCUGUCGGCGCCAUUGCAGUUCCGCUCUAAGGAGGUGUCCAAGAGCAACGUGGUGGAUGACAUGGUGCAGAGCAACCCAGUGCUCUAUACACCCGGCGAGGAGCCUGACCACUGCGUGGUCAUCAAGUAUGUGCCAUACGUGGGAGACAGCAAGCGAGCGCUGGAUGAGUAUACCUCGGAGCUGAUGCUGGGCGGAACCAACACACUGGUGCUGCACAACACGUGCGAGGACUCGCUGCUGGCCGCACCCAUCAUGCUGGACCUGGCGCUGCUGACCGAGCUGUGCCAGCGCGUGAGCUUCUGCACUGACAUGGACCCCGAGCCGCAGACCUUUCACCCCGUGCUGUCUCUGCUCAGCUUCCUCUUCAAGGCGCCACUGGUGCCGCCGGGCAGCCCGGUGGUCAAUGCGCUUUUCCGUCAGCGCAGCUGCAUCGAGAACAUCCUCAGGGCCUGCGUGGGGCUCCCGCCACAGAACCACAUGCUCUUGGAGCACAAGAUGGAGCGCCCAGGGCCCGGCCUCAAGCGAGUCGGACCCGUGGCUGCCACCUACCCUGUGUUGAACAAGAAAGGACCGCUACCCGCUACCACCAAUGGCUGCACCGGUGAUGCCAAUGGGCAUCUGCAAGUGGAGGAGCCCCCGAUGCCCACCACCUGAGGCCCUGGUCACACAGUUUCCCGGCUCUUCCUCCCCGCUGCCCCCCAGGACCCUACCUUGAAGGCCCUCACAAAGACAAUAAAGGCGCUGCCACUUUUAGCCCUCCUUCCACCUGG